CGCGGAAGGAGCGCAGAAGGGAGCUGUGCAAGGAGGGUGUGCAGGAGCUGCCAGACCCUGGAGGGUCGGGGGGCAGGUGGCUGCUUCUGGGCCAAGGUCCCUGCCAGUGCUCACAUCAGCCUCAGUCCCCUGUCCCUGCUGUGCACCCCUCCACCUCUGGACACCCCAGCAACUCAGCUCGGCUCUGGGGAGAGGGAAGGAGCGCCGCUGGCCAGGCUGAGGAGCUGUUCUUUCAGUCCUAAUCGAGCUUCUCCAGCCCAGCUGUGUCACCUACUCCUUGGCAGUGGUCAGUGGCCUCUUGCAGAAGCCCUGGGAGAAGCCUUUUCCCACAGUCCUCCUCAAUUUGCUGAAGAAGGGCCAUGUCUGCCUUUGAUCAGAGGAACCAGAGCAUGCAGCACACAGAGCCUGAGACAGACUGCAUCAUCCCUCGGGUGAAGGCAAGGCAUGAGAUGUUUGCCUUUACUGAUGGGAGGUGGGUGAGUGACAUCUACUGCCAGCCACCCUUUUCUUCACACCGGAAACUCUUCAGCAAGAAGGCACAGAAUGAGUGGAGCAUCUGGGAGGAGAACAGAGCACUCUGGCAGGAAAACCAAGUCCUCUGGAUCAAAAACAGGAUGCUCUGGGAAGAAAACAAGGCCCUACAAUAUCUCCAGUCACAGAACAAAUCUGUCCAGGUAAUUUACACUGAUGCUAUUCAGCGAAGCCUCAAGAGCAAAAAUAGACCAUUCCCACUCUUCCAAGAGAGGAGCACAGGCUUUCAGCUCAGCCUGGGCAACAAAGCUUUCCAGGCAGCCCAGGAAAAGAAUAAGAUAUUUGAGGAUUUCCAGCAGGAGAAAAAAGCACUCCCUGUUACCUGGAAAGGCCAAAAAGCCAUCACAGUCCAUGAAGAGAGCAAAGAUGCCCGCUCAGCUCUUCAGAAGAACAUUGACACCAUCCCAGCUGUGGUAAAGGACAACGCUGGCCCAGUCCCCCAGCAGAAACAUGAAGGUAAAAGGAAGAGCACUACUUCAACUCAGAAUAAGAUUGAGUCUGUCCCAAGUACGCUGGGAGAGCAUGAAAUCCUCAGGGUUCUCCAGGACUUAUGUGAGCUCCUCCACACCUUCCUGAAAAUGAGCCAUCCUCCUGGGGAGAAACAGUGCUGUCACAACCUCCAUGACGUGAACAGAUCCUUCCAAGAGGAUUACAAUAAGCUGAAGCUGCAGCUGAAUGCUGUGAAAAACACUGUGUCAGACAUUACAGCUCAAAUGGAUAUGCUGGAAAAGGAGAUCGUUGCCAUCACUUCCCCAGUGUUCGAGGAGGCAGGCCAGAAGCUGGGAACUGAGCAUCAGCUUGGAGACAUGUGAAGCUUGGGACUUAGAACUGCUAGUUCAUUUCCCAGCAAGCCUCUCUCCUUUUUUCAGGAAACCUAAUAAAAUCCCAAUAGAGCCUGAAGAUAUCUGGGGAA